ACUAGGUCCAGGAGGCUGUGAAGGAGCAGAAAUAGGGUCAUGUCUGAGCCAUCCCCAAGAGCCCCCUGAGUCUGCACCCCUGUAACGACCUUUCCAGGUGUUCCCACUGGAACCCAGGCACCUACCAUCAUUAUGGGCAGCAAGGAGCGCUUUCACUGGCAGAGCCACAAUGUGAAACAAAGUGGUGUGGAUGACAUGGUGCUGCUGCCCCAAAUCACUGAGGAUGCCAUUGUGAACAACCUCCGCAAACGCUUCAUGGAUGACUACAUCUUCACAUACAUUGGCUCAGUACUUAUCUCCAUCAACCCCUUCAAGCAGAUGCCCUACUUCACCAACCAUGAGAUCGAUCUAUAUCAGGGCGCGGCCCAGUAUGAGAAUCCCCCACACAUCUACGCUGUCACUGACAACAUGUACCGGAACAUGCUCAUUGACUGUGAGAACCAGUGUGUCAUUAUCAGUGGAGAGAGUGGAGCUGGGAAGACAGUAGCUGCCAAAUACAUCAUGGGCUACAUCUCCAAGGUUUCUGGUGGAGGAGAGAAAGUCCAGCAUGUCAAAGACAUCAUUCUACAGUCAAACCCACUGCUUGAGGCCUUCGGCAAUGCCAAGACUGUGCGCAACAAUAAUUCCAGCCGCUUUGGCAAGUACUUUGAGAUCCAGUUCAGCCGUGGUGGGGAGCCAGAUGGAGGCAAGAUUUCCAACUUCCUGCUGGAGAAGUCUCGUGUGGUCAUGCAGAAUGAGAAUGAGAGGAAUUUCCACAUCUACUACCAGCUUCUAGAGGGGUCCUCCCAGGAGCAGCGACAGAACCUGGGGCUUAUGACACCUGACUACUAUUACUACCUCAAUCAAUCAGACACCUACAAAGUGGAAGGCACUGAUGAUCGAAACGACUUCAAUGAGACCCUGAAUGCCAUGCAGGUCAUUGGGAUUCCACCCAGUGUCCAGCAGCUGGUCCUACAGCUUGUGGCAGGAAUCUUGCACCUGGGGAACAUCAGCUUCUGUGAAGAUGGGAACUAUGCCCGCGUGGAGAGUGUGGACCUAUUGGCCUUUCCAGCCUACUUGCUGGGCAUCAGCAGUGAGAGGUUGCAGGAGAAGCUGACCAGCCGCAAGAUGGACAGCCGCUGGGGCGGGCGCAGUGAGUCCAUUGAUGUGACCCUUAAUGUGGAGCAAGCAGCCUAUACUCGUGAUGCCCUGGCCAAAGGACUGUAUGCUCGCCUCUUUGACUUCCUGGUGGAGGCCAUCAACAGCGCUAUGCAGAAGCCACAGGAAGAGUACAAUAUCGGUGUGCUAGACAUCUAUGGCUUCGAGAUCUUCCAGAAAAAUGGCUUCGAGCAGUUCUGCAUCAACUUUGUCAAUGAAAAGCUGCAACAGAUCUUUAUCGAACUCACGCUGAAGGCAGAGCAGGAGGAGUAUGUGCAAGAAGGCAUCCGCUGGACCCCAAUAGCGUACUUCAACAACAAAGUUGUGUGUGACCUCAUCGAAAACAGACUGAGCCCCCCAGGCAUCAUGAGUGUGCUGGACGAUGUGUGCGCCACAAUGCAUGCCACCGGUGGAGGAGCAGACCAGACGCUGUUGCAGAAGCUGCAGGCAGCGGUGGGCACGCAUGAGCAUUUCAACAGCUGGAGCGCCGGCUUUGUCAUCCACCAUUAUGCAGGGAAAGUCUCCUAUGAUGUUAGUGGCUUCUGUGAGAGGAACCGAGAUGUUCUCUUCUCUGAUUUGAUAGAGCUGAUGCACACCAGUGAACAAGCCUUCCUCCGGAUGCUCUUUCCUGAGAAGCUGGAUGUAGACAAAAAGGGCCGCCCCAGUACUGCUGGCUCCAAAAUCAAGAAACAAGCCAACGACCUGGUGGCUACACUAAAGAAGUGCACACCCCACUACAUCCGCUGCAUCAAGCCCAAUGAGACAAAGAGACCACGAGACUGGGAGGAGAGCAGGGUGAAGCACCAAGUGGAAUACCUGGGACUGAGAGAGAACAUCCGGGUGCGCAGAGCAGGCUUUGCCUACCGUCGCCAGUUCUCCAAAUUCCUGCAGAGAUAUGCUAUUCUGACCCCUGAGACAUGGCCACGAUGGCAUGGAGAUGAACGUGAGGGUGUACAGCACCUGCUUCAAGCUGUCAACAUGGAGCCGGACCAGUAUCAGAUGGGGAGCACUAAGGUCUUUGUUAAGAACCCAGAGUCACUUUUCCUCCUGGAAGAGAUGCGAGAGCGUAAGUUCGAUGGCUUUGCCCGAACCAUACAAAAAGCCUGGCGGCGGCAUAUAGCAGUCCGGAAGUACGAGGAGAUGCGAGAAGAAGCUUCCAACAUCCUACUGAACAAGAAGGAACGCAGGCGGAAUAGCAUCAAUCGGAACUUUGUCGGGGAUUACCUGGGGCUGGAGGAGCGGCCUGAGCUGAGGCAGUUCCUGGCCAAGAGGGAGCGUGUGGACUUUGCAGACUCAGUUACCAAGUAUGACCGCCGCUUCAAGCCUAUCAAACGGGACUUGAUCCUGACCCCCAAGUGUGUGUAUGUGAUUGGGCGAGAGAAAGUGAAGAAGGGACCUGAGAAGGGCCAGGUUUGUGAAGUCUUGAAGAAGAAGCUGGAGAUCCAGGCCCUGCGAGGGGUGUCUCUCAGCACACGACAGGAUGACUUCUUUAUCCUCCAAGAAGACACCACAGACAGCUUCCUGGAGAGCGUCUUUAAGACUGAACUCAUCAGCCUCUUAUGCAAGCGCUUUGAGGAGGCAACCGGGAGGCCCCUACCCCUCACCUUCAGCGAUGCACUACAGUUCAGGGUGAAGAAGGAAGGCUGGGGUGGAGGCAGCACACGUAGUGUCACCUUCACCCGUGGCUCCAGAGAUGUGGCUGUGCUCAAGGCUGGUGGCCGGGUGCUCACGGUCAGCGUGGGGGAUGGGCUGCCCAAGAGCUCUAAGCCUACAAGAAAGGGAAUGACCCAGGGAAGACCCAGAAGGUCAGCCCAGGCCCCCACCAGGGUUGCCCCUGGUCUCCCCAGAGGCUUGGACCGAAAUGGGGUGCCUCCUUCUGCCAGAGGGGGACCCUUGUCCCUGGACAUCACAUCUGGAAGGAGUUCCCAGAAGCCUCCCCAGGGUCCUCCAUCCUCAACUCUGGGAGCUAGUAGACGUCCCAGGGCACCGCAAGCCUCAGAACAUAACACAGAAUUCCUCAAUGUUCCUGACCAGGGUGUUGCAGGAAUGCACAGGAAGCGAAGUGUAGGGCAGAGACCUGUGCCCGGUGUGGGCUGGCCCAAGCCCCAGCCACGGAUACAUGGCCCCAGAUGCCGAGCACUGUACCAGUAUGUAGGCCAAGAUGUGGAUGAGCUAAGCUUCAAUGUGAAUGAGGUCAUCGAGAUCCUCAUGGAAGAUUCCUCAGGUUGGUGGAAGGGCCGUCUACAUGGCAAAGAGGGGCUUUUCCCAGGAAACUACGUGGAGAAGAUCUAAGUGGGGGCUUGGGCUCACCCUUCAACUACCCUGCCUGUCUGUCUGCCAGGGAGCCAGGCCCUGUCAGUGAGAGCCUCAUUUACUUCAGCUGCAUUGACCACAAUAUUGAGGCCUGUUGCUUCUAGGCCAGUGGAAGCCCUGUGUAUGGGAGUUGCUGCCACAGCACCCCUGCUGUCCAAGUCUGUUUCUCUGUGUGCCAAGCAAGAUUUACUGCAGAACCUACCUCCCAGCUGCAUUGUGUAUAUGAAAUGAAAACAUGCCUUUCCCUGAGGCAAAGUGCUGGGCACAGUCUGUGGUUAGGAGGCCUUGACAAGCAUGGCUUUACUCCUCUCAUUAUUGAAGCAAUAAAUAUGUGCCAGGUGAAAGUGGGGAAUAAAUUACUGAGUGCCUACAUUAAGAA